AUGUGUGUGAAAACGCUUUGUAAUAUGAGAUAUUCUAUUUUUUUAAUUCUUAUUUACGCGGUUUUUAUAUCAUCUGAAGAUAAUGAAAAAAAAUUAAAAGUUCUUUCCAGGAAGAAAAGAUAUGUUGCGUUUCCAGAAGGUUCGAGUUUUUCUUGUGCUGGCUGCUUGACUGUUGGUGUUAUUGGUCAGCCAGCGCCAGCUAGUUAUCCUGGAACAUUCACCUUCGGUCUUAACUGGGGUAUAGCUUACGAAUUGCCAAAUAACACCGAGACGUCUUUGUUUUAUAGACGCAAGCAUAAGAAGCCCCUAGCUCAGAGACGAAGCAGACGAGAAAUUUAUGAGAGGAUCGAAGUAAUUUUAGAUAACAUGGGGUAUAAUGGAAGAGAAUGUAUAUUGAAAACUCUAUGUGAAACAACCCAGCGCAUCAUGCCUCACGGCGAAAAUAUGAUGGAAGAAAUCUUUAGAACUAUUUUUACUUUACCGAUGAUGAAGGUUCUACCUUCAGAGCCACCUGAACACGCUUUAUACGACGCAGCUCAUCGGCUUGGAGUUUUGUUGAAGUCUUGUGAUAACUUCAAAUGUCCACUAUCAUUAGUAGACUUAGCUAAGGGAUAUUACAACGCACCGGCACCUACCUUAGAUAUCGCAAGUCAACCAUGGGCACUGUUUAGCAAUACAUUUGGUUAG